AUGGGUGCCCCCGGCGGGAAGAUCAGCCGGCCCCGGUCGGAGCUGAAGAAGGAACUGUUCAAGCGAUGGAGGGUGUUGAACCGGGAGCGGCGACUGAAGCACCAGGUGGUCGGGGCCAUGAUAGACGAAGGGCUCACCACGCGGCCCCCCCUCAAGCGCGCGUCCAGUGCACGUGCCAGCAUCACUCUGUCUGGGAAGAAGCGCAGAAAACUCCUGCAGCAGAUGCGGCUUGCCCAGCAAGAGAAAGCGGCCAUGGAAGUGGAGGCCUCUGCAAAGCCAGCCAGGACUACUGAACCGAAGCCCAAAUCACAGAAGAAGACAAAAGCCCCCCAGGAUGUAGAUAUGGAGGACCUUGAAGAUGGAAGCUAAAUCAUACCCCUUUAACCAGAAG